UGUCCGUCAGCGCUGACAAUCAUGCCGUACGCUUUCAACAUGCUUCUCAGCAGCUUCUGCAUGUGACAUGCGUCGAAGAUGAUUGCCAUUUCCCGCUGGCUUGCUGGCUCCAGGAAGGAUGUCUGUUCUGAGGCGAUGUCACACCCCAACACUGCGCACAUCCGGUAGUUUGAUGUGUGGCCGUCCAUCGUCAGGGCGCGAACCACUCUCCAGGCUUCGUGCAGCCUGGAGAGCGUCAGCAGCACGAGCUGGGACUGGGCGGUUGCUGUGAGGCCGUGGUUCAGGAAGUAGGCGACCAGAGCCUUCCAGUGGCCUGAGGUUCCGACGACCAUGAACACAAGCGCGUCUUUGGCCGCCUGGCUGCACCCUGCUGGCCGUCGCCGAGGUUCACGAAGUCCACCAUGUCAUCCUUGGCGCUGUCGUAGGUGAUGUGUUGCCUUAUCGACAUGCCGUCCAACAUCAGCGUGCAGUUACGGUAGGUCUCAUCUUCUUCUGCCUUCACCUUCAGCUGCUCGAUCAUGACCGAGCUGAUGCCGGGUGACGCGUUCAGCUUCUCCAGCCACCUAUCAACGACACGGAUAAAACAAUUAAGCGCAUACUCUCAACUGCAAUAGAGGCAGGAGAACACUAAAUAGUAAAGAUAGGGCGGUUAUUGGAGAGGCAGGGUCAAUUAUGCUUCUUAUUAAGGACAGACAAGCACGAAGCAGCAAAUGUUAAUUUAGGAUUACAACGUUCAUUAUCGAUUCCUUCAGGUUCAUAUGCCAACUGAAAAAAAUGAAUAUAGUUCGUUUUUUUUCAAAAGGACGCUGGCUCCAAGUAUGUUUUUCGAACAAGCACGUGUUUUAGCCGCCAAAACGAGCAAAAACUGAACCUGAGAAAAUCGAACGUCGACUAAUUUUAACAUGUUAUUUCUUCCCGAUGAUUUCCAUAUGUGCGUUUUGGAACCAGAUAUGGGGACAGUGGUGACGUCAUGCUGUCGAACACGUAUUGCAAUGUAACGUAUAAAGCCCGGUUCUCACUGCCGAAACCGAUCGGAGCGGAUGGUAAGCGGAUGGUGAUCGUAUGGUAAUGGUAUGGUGAGCGUGGCUAGAGAAAAAAGAUAAAAAUCUCUAGGCCCGAUACGAUCCUGGGGCCGCUGCUCCCAUCGUACGCCGCGCAUGCGCAGAGGCGUUGUUUAUUCUAUUCGUUGCCAAUCAUGGCGCAGUGCGAUGACCUUGGAAACCACAACAAUAACAGACGUUUUGUGCUUUGAUAUUGUAUUUUGUGGGUUCAAUAAAUAAAUUUAGGUCAAAAUAGGGUAUGGCGGACGAAGACAUGUUCCUUUUUUUAGCGCUAGCUUCAGGCAGCGAAGUUCCUCAACAAAAAAAGAAAAUAUGGGUCAGGGAAACAUUAAAACACAGGGAUAUAAGGGGAGAGUACGCUACACUUUUACGAGAAGCACGAAACCACCCAGAAGAAUUUUAUAGGGCCUAUAGAAUGAUGCCUGAGAGAUUUGAUGAGCUGCUGGACUUUGUGGCACCCCGCCUGAAGAAGGAGGAUACCAACUUCAGAGCUGCAAUCCCUGAAGCGGAGCGCCUGGCAAUGACGUUGAGGUACCUGGCCUCUGGCAUGAGCCAGCAGGACACCGCCCGGUACUUCAGAAUGGGGAAGUCGACGGUCUCCAGCAUCAUCCCUGAGGUGUGCAACGUCCUGUGGGAAGAGCUGGUUCCCACAGAAAUGUCUGCACCUACCACCCAAAGGUGGCUCGACAUCGCUGAGGAGUUCGAAGACAGAUGGAAUUUUCCACACUGCCUUGGUGCUAUCGAUGGAAAACAUGUCCGGAUUCAGUGUCCCCGUCUGUCCGGCUCAGCCUUCUUUAACUACAAGGCUACAUUCAGCAGUGUGCUGAUGGCUGUCGCCGAUGCGGACUACGCAUUUACGUACGUGGACGUUGGGGCGUACGGACGCGAAAAUGACGCCAACAUUUUCGCCAACUCCACGUUCGGCCAACGCCUGCAACAGGACACCCUGAACCUGCCCAGUGCCGAUCCCGGAGAGCUAGAGUAUGUCUUCAUUGGGGACGAGGCGUUCCAGCUGAGGCAGCGGAUCAUGCGUCCCUACCCAGGAUCGAGGCUGGGGGGUGUAGCAGAAGAGGACUACCACCAGCGGCUCGUUUACAACUACCGGUUGAGUAGGGCGCGGCGAGUGGUCGAGAAUGCGUUCGGCAUUUUAGUGACAAGAUGGCGCUCACUCAGGCAGCCAAUAGUGGCGAAGAUAGAAACUGUGGACGCCAUAGUAAAGGCCACUUGUGUUCUCCACAACUUCUUGCGUCGCCGCGAUGGUGUCUCCAACGACAGGCGCUACAUCUCCCAGGGCGACGUCGACGCGGACGAUGGUGGGCGGGUGAUGCAGGGCGCCUGGCGCCGGGAGCUCGCAGGCGGUGGUCUAGCCGACAUCGGUCGGAUGGGGGCCAACAACCCAGCAAGGGGCGCAGCGGACCUUCGCGAGCGGUUUGCACGAUACUUCGUGUCGCCAGAGGGAAGCGUGCCCUGGCAGGAUGCCAUUGUGCGCCGAGGCCGACUGCAGUAGGCCAGAGUCUGCCUGCGGGGGCUGUCGCUGAGAGCGCUCUGCCGCCCGACUCGUCGGUGCUUCCGUGUCAUGUGUCAGUUUGUGCGCGUUAAUGAAUGUUAUGUGGCCUUCGAUAAGUGUCACCGUGUCAUUGUUAAUUUUCAGCUCGUGUCCCGCACAUUGCAAUGCGUGUAUAUAUUGUGUCCCUCUGCAUGCCGCCCGUUGGUGCCUCCAUCGAGUGCCGGUUCGCUCGACGCCCGUCGGUGCUGCUUCGGAUUGUUCGCCCGGUGCCCGCUCGUAGCACCGUGCGUCCGCAAUGGACAGAUUUUAGGUGCUUUUAGGUGCCUCGAUUUAUUUGCUGCCGAGUGUAUGCAAAUACAUGUGUUGGCCUGAGAA